AUGGGUGCUGUACCGAGUCGAGAGACCCAUAAACGAGGAUUGUUUGUACUUCAAACACCUCAAUCUGCUGCUUAUGGGGGUAGCAAAAAGCAAGGUAUUGUAUUAAUUCCUCUAACCAAGGAAUUUUUUCCAUCACCUGAUUGUCCAUUAUUUAUGCAGUUCCAUAAGGCUCGCUGUGAUGCAGGGGUAAACUACUACUUCCGCUCUCCUGGAAACCCUGGUGAUUUAAGUAGAAUACCUGAUACUGGAAAUGAUGAAAAUGAGUCCUCUUAUCCCUCACGGGAGACACUAUACCGUGGUGUUGUGGAGCGUGUGGAGGAGAUGCUAUUCGACACAGAUGAGGAAAUGCGUCAGGCACAUGAGUGUAUUCUGGAAUCCCCUCCAUUAGAAUCAAGUAAUGUGAGGAAACGAGUAUUACCUAUUUUAUGCGCGGUGGCGUUUCGUUAUGAUCCUGCUAAAUUAUCACAACAUAGCAAUAACCAAAGUGGUAGCAAUUUUCCACAUUUACAGGCUGCUAUAGAGCAAGGAGUUCUUCUUUGUGGUUCUAUUGUGAACAUUGUAGGGUGUUUUGGGUUUGUGCCGAUGGAAGAAGAGGGAGCAAAGGUUGCGGCUGCUGCUGCUGUUGCGGCUGCUGCUGCGGUUGGUCAAAGUAACACUAUGAGUGGAGGAAAUCAAACAUAUCAUUCUGUAAAAUCACUUUUAAUACCCUCAUCACGGGAUGGAUCGCUUCUCUCUGGUCCUCACAGUUCACUACGAUCUCCUCCAUUGACCUCCCCACUGCAAUCUUUACGCGGACAACAUGAGGAUCCCAAUGUUCGUUCUGCACACCAUCCGCGCUUUGCGAAUCGGCAUACAGCAUCACGUGGAUCUUCCUUUGCAUCAACACCCUCUUACGAUCCUCAUCUACCGCGUCCACAGACUACACUUGGAGGAACAGGAACAAAUAUUUAUUUACAAGGAGUAGGUGGGGAAAACUAUGAUCAUUUCGCUUCACUUCCUCCUCCUGUGGCAGCUCCACUUGCAGCUAUUGUUUUUCUUACAAAAUCUGCAGGAGAACAAAAUCUCAGUCGGGUAACUUUUAUAGCGGCAUGUACUUAUUAUAAUCAGUUAAUUGAUGCUGGGGUGAUAGAACGUCCUCCGACACAAGUAACUCACUCACCCUAUUGUCCUAAAGGAUAUAUGCCACCUCUGGAUACCUUUAGUUUCUCUUCUCUUAUGACGAAUGUUCCUAUUCUCUCCUUUGUAUAUGAGAUGCGCUGCCGAUGGGAACACCUUGGGCUUCUAUCUAACCCUACUAGUGGGCAACACUCACGAACAAGCUCAUUAAACAGUUCUUCUUUUCCCCCAGCUGUUGGUACUACUAUUCCUCCUGCACAUGCACUCCCCAUGGAUAUGGAAAUGUGGAUUACGGAUGAUACUAUGUUUCAUGGUCGUAUUGGAAAAGGAUUGGCAGAACGUCUCUGUUAUUCUCUUGCUGAACGACCAGAAGUUCUUGCACGGCGUGUAGAGCCACCAUCAAGUGAUGGUUCAUUCUGGCGUUUCCGUGGUCUUGUGGACCGUAAUCAUCCCCCACCACUUCCCCUUAGUGAAGGUGGUGAAACCCCUGUGGAUGAGUCAGAUGUAUAUAUCAUGGGUGCUGUUGUGAUGGAGGGAUUCGACGAGGGCGAUGUGCUGCGCUUUGACAGCGAACGUCAUGUGUGGAUGGCGGACCGCAGUAUUCCACUGGAUGCCGUGAUACUUGCGGCGAUGCGACCACACUGCAAAGCGGCACGUGAGGCCCCACCAGAUGAUCCUGGUUGGGUAACUGUGGAAGCGCAAACAUCAACACAAAAGAAGAAAGAGGAAGAGGAAGAGGAAGAAGAACAAGAAGAACAAGAAGAGGAAGACGAGGAACGUAAUAAUAAUGAUAAUGAUGAUGAUGACGAGGAGAAGGAGGAGGAGGAGGGGGAGGAAAGAGAGGGCGGCAGUGGAAGCAUGCAAAUAAGAGGAAAAAAAGAAAAACGUAUUCAUGUGCGGAAAGGAAAUUUUUAUAUCUACCGAUUUCAAUUAAAUGGAAAGGAAUAUUACCACGGUACAGUGCCAGACUUUGCGAACCCUAAUAAGAAAGGAGCCCAACAAUCACUAAUUUCAUCCUAUACUCCAGAUAAAAGUACUGGAAAUUCUAAAGGGGGAAAUUCUAAUGAUGAGAACUGUUUAAAAGAGGGUCUACAAAAUGACGAAGGUACAAAAAAGGAAACGACAAAAUCUGGAGGAGGACUUCCUUCUAUUACCUCUGCUCUCUUUUCUCUCGUUCCUGAUAACUCGGCUACAAAUGAUACUAAAAAUGGUGUGACGUACGUACCCAAUCGAGUUAAAUCAGCAGCUGUCGAUACAGCAAGGCGAUGGAUGGGAACAUUAUAUAACUAUGCAAUGGGAUCUCGACAGACAGAUACAACAUCUCCAGUGGGUAAUAAUAAUACAGUUCCUGUGAUGGCACCAGCCUCACGCUCACCACAGAAUCCAACCUCACCCGGUAUUUCAACACCUGUAGCGAGACGUCAACCAACUUUUGUGCAGGUUGGGCAAGCUGCAACAGCAGAGAACGCAUCGGGUCAAGAAGAAGGUAAUAAAAGAACUGGAUUAGUUAAGCGAUUUAUUCAUGAAACUCAAUUUGUGUGGGACUGGCGUCGCUCCUAG